AGCACAUCCGCAGUGCUGUCUUAUGUAUGGUGUACGGUCGCCAUGGCGAGCGAGGAAGUGAGCAAGGCGCUCGACGAGCUCCUGCAGAAGCUCCCAGCCAAGGAUGCCAACAACGAGUCGUUGGACAUUCGGGAUAUCUACGGCCACGACAAGUCUGAGAUUGAGCUCAUGCAAAUCAUUGAGGGCCUUCCCUACUGCAUCUCGCAGGCCACGCACAUAGACUUCGUGACCAAGAAAGGCGAAUGGGCGUUCCAGCGCCACAGGAACAACCGUCUCAGGGGGGAGCGCAGCACCAUCGAUGCACACAAGAAGGUCAUGCAAAGCGUUGGCUUGCUCCAGGACUUGGGUGGGGAGCCUUUCGUCGUCCAGCAUCCAGACCCCCAGGUUGAUGACAAGUGCGAGCUGUGCCACUUCGCCAGCAGGGCCCAGGCUUUGUACGAGGCUUGGGUUGAUGACAAGGAGAAGUCUAACAAGGCAGUGCAAUUAAGCGUCAAGAACGGCCUGAGGAGGUGCAAGUUGUUCUCCAGGGGGUCCCCAGAUUGGCUGACAGUCUUCCUUACUGCUUUGGGGAACAUCGGCAACUCCGAGGCCACCAUUACGACUGUCAUUGAAAAAUGGCAAGCGACUUCGGAGUUGGAGGCAGCGUGGAAGCGGAAGGCGCACGUCAUGAAGUGGACAACCAGCAGCAUGUCGCAGUCAGAGCACGACGAGCUCAAUCACACCUUCAUGGACAGCAUGCGGAGGGGGUGGUGGACCACCUACAAGGGCUACGAGGUCAGCAACACGUUCAUGAAAGAAGCAUCCAAGGUCGAGAUCGGCGCCGAGACUGUAGACGAUCCGAAGACCGUGUGGGCGACCCUGAGCGAGCGAGUGCGGGCCGAGGUCGAUGCGCGGUCCAUGACAAUCCAGAUGCAAGAGAAGGUGUUCCGCGCAGCCAACGACAUCAUGCGAAUCCUCAAGCACGACUUACCCCGCGCAGUUCCAGAUUGCACCCUCCUGUUCAUGCCUCGCAACAAGACCCCGUGGGGGAAAUGCUCGCUGAUACCGAAUGGGCUCCCCGUCUUGUCAUCAUACUCCCUCGAUGGCAUCAGGAGCUUGAUGGCGCCAGUGGAGAAAGGGGUGGCCCAUGCGAACUUCGUGGCGGAGCAGGCCAUGAAGGCGAAGAUCAAGAGGGUGAGUCUGAAGCGGAGCAAGGCCAAGGGAAAGGCGAAGGCCUCAGCGGCAAAAGCCAAACCCAAGGCCAAGGCCAAGAGCAAAGGAAGGAAGCGUGACGUGGCCGCCGCGAGCUUACAAGCAGACCCUGCAGGGCAAGCCAUUGUGCCGAUGGGUGCCGACGCCGACGGCGACGGCGACCAGGAGGCCGAGGCGGAGAAGGAGGCAGACGACGUGGCGGAUGGGCUCACGCUCGCUUUCGACUCCAUCCUCAAGAUGACGGCCUACAUCGAGAGGAUCGGGGGCCCGAAGGAGCUGGCGGACGCAUUCAAGCAUGCAGCCCUCUACGGCGCGCUGGGUGGCACGAGCGUCCCAGUGUGGGUGCGCGGCAAGAAGAAGAACGUCAAGGGCUACGAGGCGCUGCGGAAGCUCUGGAAGGCCGCUUCAUACAAGAAGGCACGCAAGCUCGUGCCUAACAAGUCCGACGCUGACUUCCCAGACGGUGUCUUCGAUGAGUUGGUAGAUGGCGUGGAGGAUGACGUGGAGCAGGCGGCGCAGGACUCCAUGGAGAUUACGCUGGAGCAGCUCGGCGGCAAGCUCGCCAGCACCAAGCAGUUCGUGGUCGAGAACGGCGUCGGCAACCUGCCGUCUGUAGCCCACCUGGUGGCUGGGAAGGCAUUGAACGCGACGAUGCUCUCGCUGCUCCAGAAGACUAAUGGCGGCAUGCUCGAUGAGCCAGACAAGGCCCAUCUGACUUUGAUGCAGAUUACGAUCGACGAGGUGAUGCAAGUAUUGCCCAAUGAUCUGGACUCGGUUGCGUCUUUCAUCGAUGCCGUUCGAGCCCAGGACCAGGCCACCAAGGACAACAUCUUGAAAAGGUCAGAGGACGCGACGUGGCUGCAUGACAACAACGUUGGGGUGCAACUAAUGUGGGCAGAGAGGAUUUCGAUUGCGAUGCACAUCGCUGCGUCGCUCGGGAUGCAGCACUUCAUGAAGCAGCAAGGCCCCUCUGUCGUCCCGAAGCCAUACUUGGAGAUCCUCGGCAUCAACGUUUGCCAGAAGCUCAGCUCCAUGUUCGACCUCUCCCUGAACAAAGUGACCGACAUGCCAACCGAGGUGUUCGACGCAUGCGCUGCACUGCAUGGUCAGUGGGGCGACCUGUGCCUAGACAUGAUGGUCAAGCUCGGCGACAUGAUUAAGCAUACCAACAUCCACGACGGGACAGGCUAUAACAACGCAAAGUUCGACCUCACCCAGAAGCUGCAAUCGACCAAGGCCAUCGACAUGAAGAAGGUCUUGCGAGCCAAGUUCAAGCCCGCCGACGCCGACGCGCUUGCCGCGGAUGUCAGUGCCAGAGUGGAGGUGUUCCCAUCCGAACGGCAAUCGCUCAUUGCGAAGGUGCUGGCGAAAUUGGACUCCGUAUCUCCGCAGCUCGUUCAGUCGGCUUCGAUCUUGGACAAUCCAACGGGGUACUUGCUCGGGCUGAUUCGUGAGGAGCACCCAAAGACAGAUUCGUCUUCGACUGAUGUCGUGCAGCAGGGAGGUCCCUCCACAGAGGAUGGCGCAGCAGCCGACCCAACAAAAGAUGAGAACCCCACCGUGACGCUCAAGACCUACAUGAAGAAGCUCGCAGAUGAAGAGGUGAAGUCAGCGAAAGAUCAGGGCUUGCAGUGCGUCAUGACCGUUCGCGAGGUGAAGGUGGUCAUCGCGGCCCUGAACCUCAAGAUCGCAGAGAACAUGUGGAGCAGCUACGGCGUCAACGACGAGUGCAACCUGUGCGUCACGAAGACGGACUUCGACGAGGACAUCGGGAAGCUCAAGCUCAUCCAGGCCGGCCCAGGCGCGUGCAAGGUGCCGUUCGGCGGGCGGGCGGUGGACGCGAAGCUCGCAGGGAACUUGAAUCGCUCGCUGCUGUUGCCACUAUCGGGGGGUGAGUGCGACGGCCCCACGCUCUUCUUGGACGGCUCUAUGGUGACGAACGCGAGCCGCUCCGACUGGUCGAGUGCGUGGCGGAUUCCAAAGCUUCCCGAAUCGAAGCAGCUCACGAGCAACACGGCUAAGAAGCAGAGCAAGCCAGACCCCAUCCCCACGCAUCGUAUCGAGUUCGAGCCGCUCGAGAUCGCAGUCAUGGGGAAAACAUUCACCUACCAGAUGCCGUAUUUGACAGAUAUCCCAGUGGCGCCCGAGGAUGCAGCUCGCGUGAGCAAGAGCAUGAAGGCCCAGGGCGACAUGUACUACAGGGACCGCAUCCCCUUCGAUGCGGUCGAGAUCCCGCGCUCGGUGAAG